GACAUCCUACAACCCGGCUUUUAUUUUGAAAUCGGGGUCAUUCCUCCGCGUUUCGUCGAUCUCUUGCGGAGCCACCGACCGCCCGGGAUCUGGGGGAGGAUAAUCCCGUAUGAACGAUCGGCACCGGGCAGGUACAGUCCGCCGCGAUGAGGCUCCGUUUGGCCGGAGCCGUGCUGCUGUCGGCGGCCGCCUACUACGUCUACCUGCCGUUACCGAGCGGCGUGAGCGAGCCGUGGAAGCUGAUGCUGCUGGACGCGCUGUUCCGGAGCUUCAUGCAGGCGAGCGAUGUGGCUCACGCGCUGGGCGUGUGCCAUCGCGUCCACCUGUUGAACCAGGUGGUGUCCUGGGUGGAGGUGAUCGAGGCUCACUCCUGCCCCGCCGUGCACGUGACCGACUCCGCGCUGGGCGGCGUGCCCACCAGAGUCUUUCAGCCAAAGGGCGGGAAAAAGCUGAGGAGAGGGGUCAUAUAUUUCCACGGUGGAGGGUGGGCCCUCGCCAGCGGCCGAAUGCGAUCCUAUGAUCUUCUUUGCCGGAAAAUGGCGAAGGACCUGGACGCUGUCAUCAUGUCUGUUGAUUACCGUCUUGCUCCGGAGGCGGUGUUCCCAGAUCAGUACCACGAUGCGUUGGCGGCGUCGCGGGCCUUCCUGUCUGCUGAGGUAUUAGAGCGGUACGGCAUCGAUCCAGAGCGGGUGUGUGUGUCCGGAGACAGCGCCGGAGGAAACCUGGCUGCUGCUGUGGCACAGGAGCUCAGCUCAGAUGACAGCCUGACCGUGAAGUUCAAGGCCCAGGCGCUGAUCUACCCGGUGCUGCAGGCUCUCGACUUCUACACCCCGUCCUACCAGCAGAACCAGGCCGUGCCCAUCCUCUACAGGCCUGUCAUGGCUCGUUUCUGGCUGCAGUACCUGGGUGCCGACUCCUCCCUGGAGCCCGUCCUGCUCGCGAACAACCACAGCUCCCUGGACCAGCCGGCCAUCAGUGCCGACACCCGCUCCAAACUGGACUGGACCUCUUUGCUCCCGGGCGAGCGCAGGAAGCAGUUCCGUCCGGUUGUUAAAGAAACAGGAUCGCCGGGGGUGUUGGGUGAGGUGCCGGCGCUGAUGGAUGUGAGGGCGGCACCGCUGCUGGCGGACCAGGGGGUUCUGGGUAGGACGCCUAAAGCAUACGUGAUGACCUGUGAGUUUGACGUGCUGAGGGACGACGGGCUCAUGUAUGCCAAGCGCCUGCAGGACGCCGGGGUCACAGUGACCAGCGAUCACUAUGAGGACGGUUUUCAUGGCUGCAUGGUGUUUGCAUUCCUGCCGAUGAUGUCCAGUGUUGGAGAGCGGAGCAUGAACAGCUACAUCCACUGGCUGGACCAGAACGUGUAGACAAUCAAACAGAGUCCGUCUGUGAAGCCAAAGACGUCCUGGUACGUGAGGGCUCCUGGUUGGAUCUGCAGAGAGGAGACACAUCUAUCACCUGUGUGUGGGCAGAAAGGAGCAGCAGUGAAAGAAGCUUUUUAGUUUCUCAUCUAAACUUUUCACCAUUGUCGUCACCACUGAGUCUGAGGACGCACACACACACACAGUGUGCACUCACACACACAGUCAAAAGCAAGUAUGUCACUGGACCUGUAGAUCAGCUAUGAAAUGGUCUUCACUGAAUCUUUAAACCAAACUGUUUCCAAUGAAACCAAAGAGAGUGAUGCUUUAAUGUGAAGGCCAGUGCAACCUUUUGGAGAAUGAUAUUAUAUUUAAGAGUCAUUAUUUUCAAGAGAAGCAAAAUGCAGGGAUUUAUGUAAUUAUAUUAUUAUAAUAUUAUUAUUAUUAUUAGUAUGUAAGGGCUGUACCUUUGCAAAAUAAAAGAUUAUUAAGAUACGAAACAUUAGAAACAACAUGUAAAACCAACAUAAAAGUUUUAGUGACAUGUUUCCAGUGAUAUCAGCAAUAAAAAAGUAAUAACUCCCAGGAAAAACAGAAUUUCAUGUUUAAAAUUCCUUGAAUUUGCUUUUUAUUUUGACUAUGCUGAAACAUAAUUUAUGUACAGUAGGAUUUCCUACUAAACAGCUAAUUUUAGAAAUGUUGGAGCUCUGAAUGCUAGAAAAUCUACACAAAUCACAAAUUCUGAAAUCAUGAUUCAUCACAAUCAUAAAGACAAAUACAAAACAGUAGUGAUCACGGUGUAAUCAAUGUUUAUUCUGAGUGUAAUAAACUGAAUGUAAUAAACUGGUGAAGUUUGCAUUUAAAACAUCAACAUUACAAAACUGAAAAUUUAGGAAAACCAGAGCUCAACACUAUAUAUAAUUUAACAGUGUAUUUUUUAAUAAUCACUCUGGGAGAUAAUCAGCAGCUUAUUUACAUUUUCCUCAUCAGUGAUUUUGUGUAUCCGGGGCCGUUCUCUGAGCUUCCUCACUCACUGUAAACUGAAGCAGGACGACAACCAACAGCUUUCAGACGUCUGGGGAAAUAAAUUCUGAUU